CGUCACCGUCCGCAGUUUUGUCCUUCCCGCAUCUGAUUUGUGUUAACACUCGAGUGAUUCUGCUCUCUGCCGAAAUGGCCGUGUGAACCGCAGCUUGUCAACAGCGCGCAAACUCCUCAGUGCAUCAGCAAAGUGCACUGGCUCCGUACAUUUAUUUAAAAAUGGCGUCCUUUGAGGCAACUCACACCUUUGCUGUACCUGACAGCACAAAAUUGCUCAAAUUCCCUGAAGAAGAAUCAUUGAUUCCUCUUGAAAUAGACAGCCAUGUCUUUGAUGAGCUCACGGUUUGGCCCGGACGAUAUGGAGGUCCUUCUUUGGGACCCAUUAUCACCGAUGGCUGACCCUCUGCGGUCCUUCCUAGACGAAGAUGAUGAGGUUCUUCCUCUUGAAGGUGCCGAAUCGCCCCUCUCAUCUUUCUCUUCCUCUCCACAUACCUCUCUCUCCCCACCCUGCUCUCCUCUUUCCCCUCAGAGGGGGGAGAAGGCUGGGCUUGACCUGCUGUCCCUGUCCUGGAUGUCCUCAGAUGAGCUGUGCCUAAGCAGAGUUGGCACAGACAAUGGCAAAGAACAUUCAUUCAGUGAAAUGGAUUGGAAGAUGGAGCAGAUCGACUUGAGUGAGUUUGAUCUUGACUCUCUCAUCGGCUCCUAUGACUCUGAGGAUCCACCCAGUUCCCCUGAAGAACUCAUCGCAUCUCUGGAGUCACAGAUAGAUUUAGACUCCCUGCCCUUACCUUCUGAAAAUACUCAUUUGCCCUCUCCAAUCACCCCUGCCUGUUCACCUCCAGUUUCUGUUCAUGAGAUUGACUCAUUCACUUUGAAUACCCCAGUAACCACACCUUUUAUGAUCUCUACACCAUGUGAGAUUGAUUCCACCUCUGUGGUACCCCAGUCUUCUGAGUUCCAGGAGCUUGAGAUCAAGUCAGAACCAGCCUCUCCAGUCCCAUCCCCUUCCACUGACACUCCCGAGUCUCCCGCUGACACGCUUGAGCUCGGCAGUGAGGUAGACAUUGCUGAAGUUCAGAGUCCACCCCCCAUCGUGGUCCGGGUGCCUAAAAUUGUCCUCUCCCUGUCUCCAACCCGCAUUGUUCUUGUUCUUGCUCCCAAAGAGGAGGUUAAUGCCACUAUUCCGACAGCCCCCCAACCUGAAACACCCCCACCCUCUCCCUGUUCUCGCUCAUCCAGGGCGAAGCCCUACUCUCCGCCCGAAUCGAAGCCUACCCAGAAUGAGCAGUCAGAAUCACCGGUCCUAACAGGAAGAAUAAAGUCAGCUAGAGGUUCUAAGGUGGUGGUUGAGAAGAAGCUAAAGAAAAUGGAGCAGAAUAAGACAGCAGCCACGCGCUACAGACAGAAGAAGAGGGCAGAGCACGACAUUCUCCAGACCGAGUGCAUAGCUCUUGAGGAGAGAAAUCAAGAGCUGGCGGAGAAAGCCAACUCCAUCACGAAAGAAAUCCAGUACCUGAAAGAACUAAUGGAAGAAGUCAAGAAAGCGAGAGAAAGUAGAUUGGUGCGGUCGUAAAGAAACUAAGAAAAUUAGUUUGACGGGGGAGAAACCCAAUGUCGAAGUAGUGACGUUUCCUUUUAGCAUGUCAUAUAUCUGCAAAGCCUGUUCUUCUCUUGCCUGUGUAUUUUCAGCUUUUGUAUGCACAGUAUGAUAUAAAGCU